UUGCCAUCCUACCCUGGAAUUUUUUUUCCAGCCGUUCUCUCACACGUUGUUUUGCAGAAAAAAAGUUCAUCAUUAUCAUAACGUGGUCGCGCUACAGAAUCCGAGUGCUUACAAGUCCCCCCCUUUUUAAAGAAGCUCUGUGGCACAAAUCUGGAGUAUCCUUGAACAAGACAGGUGUCCCCAUCAACUGUAGAGGCAUGGCAGUAGACUGACAUAAACUAAAAUCUUCUGCGAGAGCCAGAGUGGAAAUCAGAUAUACAAUACAAGCAGAUUCAGAAGAGGAAAUGAAAGCCUUAGAAGCUGAUUUAUUGACCAAUAUGUAUACAUCAAAGAUAAGCAAGGCAAAGCUUCCUCAGUGGAAAAUAACCCUUCUAAGUAUUUGUGACCUUAUAAGCAACAUAAACAACCAAGAAGCAGCAGCAGAGGAUAUCGAGGAAGGAGACCUUCUGACAAGAGGACAACUCCCAGCUACUCUCGAUGGCUUCAGUUUGGAAGCAAUGUUGACAUUAUACCAGCUUCAGAAAGUCUGCCACAGAGGAACUUUCCAGCCCUGGGAGUUAUUUCAGCAAGACAUUUAUGACCCAGAAAAUGCAAGCCAAGAUAAAGAUCUGAUGAAGCGAAAAACUCCUUACAUUCUGAAACGGCAACUGCAUGUCAACAAAGCCCGACGACCAUACAUACUGAAGAGAAGUUCAUAUUACUGACUCAGCAAUCACAGUAGUGUUUAUUAGUUUCUAAGUAACUGUGCUUUAUGGUUACCUUAUUUCAACCUUAAAUCUUAUUUGUGUGGAAAAUAUAUUAUGGAAAGCGUUCAAGAUGAUAGCAUAAUUACGUCUUUUUUGCCACUGUUGUUUCUUGAUUGUGAUUUUUUCCUAUCUAAAACUCAUUGGACUAAUACAUUUACAAAUAAAUCUAGUUUCCAAGCAUUAUGCAUUGUACAGCACUGAGAAUUUGGAAGAGUUGGCAACAUUGUUUACUUGUUUAUACAUACUCCUUUCAGUGAAUAGAACGCCACAGUUGUAUAAAACUCUUAAAAGGAUAUUUCAUAAUUCAAUGUGUGUCAAAUUAUUCAGACUUCCUAAUCAAGUAAAUAGCAGUUUAAAAGCUUUUAACAUUCAUGAUGAUGAAAUAUUCUAUCAGUUAUUAUAGAACUCUUAUCAAUA